CGUGGAAACUUACAUCACUAAAUAGGUUUGAUACUGUUUAUUAAUGCGGCCAUUUAAAUAACGUUCAUCAACAACGGAGCUGAAGAGCAGUCUUGAACGCGACUUGACGGUGACUGUUUAUGUUACGAUGGUGACCGUAGUGGAGCUGCUGAGCCUCCUGUUGGUGUCAGUGCUGUGGGGCUGCACCAACCCUUUCCUCAAGAGAGGCGCAGAGGGGAUAGAAAAUGUGCAACACAGCAACAGAGUCUCACAAGUGCUGGCUGAGGUCAAGUUUCUGUUUCUAAACCUCAAGUACCUGGUCCCAUUUCUCCUGAACCAGAGUGGCUGUUUGGUGUACUAUUACACACUUUCCACCACAGAGUUAUCGCUUGCUGUUCCUGUGGCCAACUCUCUCACCUUCCUCUGGACCCUGCUCACUGGCAAGUUUCUGGGUGAGGAGUUCGGAGGCAAACAGGCUGUCGCAGGAAUGUUCCUCACCAUGGCUGGCAUCACUCUGUGUGUUAUAAGCUCCAUUGAUGGCAAAGACACCGGGGCGCAGAAUAUGACCCAGACUGCGCAGAGAUGAAGAAUGAAACAAAUUCUCCUGUACCUCCAAGUGAUUCCUUAGCAGGGGAGGAAGGAAGGACCAGAGGGGGCAAUUUAGAUUCAGACGGCAGCUCUUUAGAGCAAUGUUUCUGGUGGGAGAAUUGUGCCUAAAUGAACGCGAGCUUCAAAAGACCUGUCCUCAAACUCUUACACCAAGUUGAAGGAGAAGUGGGUUCAUCUAGGGUUCACCUCAAGGCUGGACUAGAUUUAUGGCGCUUGAAUAGAACUUGGUGGUUGUUAACUUUUUCUUUUAAGCGUCCUGCUGCCCCACCAUGUGACUGGCAUCUGCAUAAAGGCUAUAGAGACCACAUACAAAUAAGACUGGCGUUUGAAAUGGACCGGCUAGAUCUAACCUCCUGGUUUUACAGGGACAUUUUACUGCGGCUGCCUUCUGUCCACUGUGGUGUGUUUGGGGAAGAGCAGAACAGAGGAGAGGAGAGGAGAGGACAAAUGGCUGUUUAGCUCGAGGAUAAAGCUGUUUUUCAUUUACUUGUUUUCCCCGCUGCCUUCUACACACGAUAUAUUACUGAGGUAGAUAUACCACUGCUACUUUCUUAAAUAGGAACUUUAGUAUUUUUUCAACCUGGACUUUAUUUUGCCAUGUUUGACAAAUGUGAACAACAAUUUUUUAAUAGUCCAGUAUUGAGAGUGAAGGCUGCAGCUGACAGCGGCGAAACAGGCUGCAAUCUAAUGUUAAUGGACAACUAUAUACCGUCAAUGUACGUUCACUCAAAGUGCUUGUUUUUGCCACUGACUGGCUCGAAUUGUUAUUUUAAGCGCCUGACAACAUUAUGGAAAGGAUCCCUACAGAGGCUGACCUUUCUUCUAAAAUCUUCUAAGAUCCUUUUUGUUUAACCCUUUUAGACACUUUUCACGAGCAUUUAAACCUUUGAAACCUGAGCAAAUUAGUUUGGUCUCUUUCAAAAACGUGCUAAAAAGGCGAUGAGCAGCUUGGCAAGAAGUGUCCUGCAAGUUGCAAGAAAACAGUUAAACAUGACAAGAAAAAUAAACUCAAAAGUAAAGAAAGAGAGCGGGGACAUUUUGAGAAAAUGAUCAUGAAUCUCGGAAAAAAUGCCCCAGAAAUUGUUGUUCCCAUUAGUUAGACACAAAAACAUGGAAAAUAGGGUCCAGGUUAAAAAAAAAAAAAAAAAAAAAAA